AUGCAGCCAGCUUGCGGCUGCCCCCUGCUGCCCGCUCUCCUCAUGCUGACUCUGGCCCACUUCUCUCGGAGUGUGCAUGGGGCUUCCUGGUUGCCGAGGGCAGCAAGUGAGAAGCACCGGGAGUCAGAGCCUUCCUGGGACCAGCGCACGGUUGUAGACCUCGCCAGCGUGGGCCCAGCAACUCAGGCAGUCCUGGCGCUCCGCUCAGCGCGCAGCGCAGGAAUAUUUCCAAAAGAUUUGAACUUAAAAGACAAAUUUAUAAAGCAUUUCACAGGGUCAGUCACUUUGUCCACUGAAUGUAGCAAACAAUUCCAUCGACUCUAUUACAAUACCAGAGAUUGUUCAAUACCAGCUUACUACAAAAGGUGUGCUAGAUUGCUAACAAGAUUAGCAGUGAGUCCAUUAUGUAUUCAGACUUAG